CACUUUCUUUGAAACCUUCAGCCUUUAAGAACCAGUCACCUCAAGAUCUCAACAUCAUGAUCUCAGUUUCAACCCAAUUGUUCCUAGUUCUCUUUUCAUUGCUUUUGGUGCUGCCUGUUGUUGAAGCAGUAGAAGCCGGAGAUGCAAUCGCUCUCUUGCUCGGUGUGGUUCUCAGCAUUACAGGCAUUUGUGCUUGUUUGGGGGUGUAUGUACGAAAGAGAAAUGGACGGAUGAGACUUUGA